CAUUAUUACUUGGACUGGAAAGUGAGAGGAAAACUGGAAAAGAAGGAAAGGCCGAAAUGGGCUUCCCACACAAAAGCAAAAGGAGAAAGGACAGAGGUUGAAAUUUGGAACUCAAUUCCCACUGUUGAGAAACUACCAAAAUUUUGAGCAGAGUUUUGUUGGUUCAUCCAUGGCUCUGUUCCGAGGACACAAGGCCUCCCUUUCCAAAUAUACUACCUCUCCUUAUCCAUGUAGCUAUCACGUGUUCUUGAGCUUCAGAGGUGAAGACACCCGAAAGAACUUCACUGAUCACCUCUACACGGCUCUGGUCAAUGCUGGAUUUCAUACUUUCCGGGAUGACCCUGAACUCGAGAGAGGGGAAAAUAUCAAGGAAAAGCUUGAGAAUGCCAUUCAACAGUCACGAAGUUCUGUGAUUGUGUUUUCAAAAGACUACACCUCUUCCAGAUGGUGUCUGGACGAGCUUGUCAUGAUCCUUGAACGCAAGAGGACCUCCGAUCAUGUCGUGUUACCGGUUUUCUACGACCUUAAUCCAUCUCAACUGAGGAAGAAGGCAGAAAGCCUUGUGAGGAGGCACAGUGGAGUUCUUGCAAAAGCAUUUGCCAGACUUGAAAAAAAGAAAAAAAAGCAAUCGCCGGAGAAACUGAGUAGGUGGACGGAAGCACUUGUUGAAGCUGCAGAUCUAGCAGGCCUGGUGUUAGAAAAUCAAGAUGAUGGGCACGAGUCAAAGUUCAUCCGAGAGAUUGUUAGAGAGAUUCAAGACAAGCUAGGACGUGUGCCCCUAAGUGAUGUCCAGAAGGAAUUAGAGGAUAAGUUGUUAUCUGUUAACCCUGUUCUUGAUGACGCCGAGGGGAAGCAAUUGAAAUUCCAAACGACUGUGAAGCCAUGGCUACAUAAUCUUAAAGAGGCUGUCUAUGAGGCUGAGGACCUGUUGCAGGAGAUCAAAACAGAAGCCUCGAGGCCAAAGAUAGAACACGAAGACGAAUAUGGGAGUAGCACGUGUGAGGUACAAGAGCCCAUCUCUACUCCAUCUCAUGCUUUUGACUCAGCUUUAAUAUACUCCAGGGUAGAGGAAGUUCUUGAAAGACUAGACGAAAUUUCGAAGCAGACAAAAGAUGUCCUGGAUUCGGAAGUAACCGCUGGACAGAGAGUAUCACAAACACUACCAUCAACUUCUUUGGUAGAAAAGUCUGUGUGUGGAAGAGAUGAAGAGAAAGAAACAUUGGUUAAAUUAUUGCUAUCAGAUGAUAAAAUAGGUGUGAUUCCUAUUGUGGGUAUGGGUGGGAUUGGAAAGACCACCCUUGCCCAGUUUGUAUACAAUGAUGUUAGAGUGAAGCAACAUUUUCACCUCCAAGCAUGGGUUUGCGUUUCAAAAGAAUUUGAUGCCCUUAGGAUCUCACAACACAUUUAUGAGUCCCUCACCUCAAAAGCUUGCCAAAUCACGAACCUAGAUCUGCUUCAAUCAAACCUGCAUGACAAUUUGAUGGGGAAAAGGUUCUUCUUUGUUCUUGAUGACAUCUGGAACAAAAAUUAUAACCAGUUGGAAUUCUUAAGACGUCCCCUUGAGUUUGGAGCACACGGAAGCAAGAUUCUUAUCACAACACGCGAUGAAGAUGUUUCACGUAUGAUGGGUAGCCUUGAAGCUCACUGUCUCAUGCCAAUGUCUGAGCAAGAUAGCUGGUCAUUAUUUAAAAAUCAUGCCUUCAAAAAUGCAGCUGUUGGUGCACACUCACAUCUUGAAGAAAUCGGUAGACAAAUUGUUCGAAAGUGCAAUGGUCUUCCUUUGGCUAUUAAAUCCCUUGGGGGUCUCUUAUGUUCUAAAUUGUUAGUGGACGAAUGGGAAAGUAUAUUGAACAGUGACAUGUGGGAGUUCUCGCCGGAUGAGAGUGACAUUCUGCCUUCUCUUUGGUUGAGCUAUAUGAAUCUGCCUUCACAUCUCAAGCGUUGUUUUGCACAUUGUUCGAUAUUUUCCAAGAACUAUAAGUUCAGAACAUCAGAAUUGGUUUACUUGUGGAAGGCUGAAGAUCUCUUGCAACCUAAAAAAAACAAAACAGCAGAAGAAAUCGGACAAGACUACUUCAAUGAUCUAAUCUCCAGGUCAUUUUUUCAGCUUUCAUCAAGUCCCUAUGGAACUACUUUCAUCAUGCAUGACCUUAUCAAUGAUUUAGCAAGCUUUGUAUCCGGAGAAUUUUGUCUUAGGUGGGAGGGAAGUGAUUCACCCGACAUUUUGAGCAGGACUCGUCAUUUUUCAUAUAAGAGAUAUUAUGAUCAUACUGAUAACAUUAGGAUAUUUGAGGAUUUACAGCAAGCUAAAUAUUUGCGUACCUUUCUGAUGAACGUAACUUCAAGCAAAGGAUUAGAUGAGCUGCUACCAAGAUUACAGUGUCUAAGAAUGCUCAAUUUAUCAGGGCGUAUAGGGGAAUUGCCUGAUUCUAUUAACAACUUGAAGCUUCUUAGGCACUUGGACUUGUCUUACAGUUUCAUCAAAAAGUUGCCUGAUACAAUUUGUACUUUGUAUAACUUGCAAGUAUUGUUGUUGUCAAACUGUUGGGCCCUUACUGAACUGCCAGCCAACUUGGGAAGAUUGAUCAACUUGAGCCAUCUGGAUACUACAGGUAUAAUGUUAAAAAAGAUGCCACCGGAUAUGGGUAACUUGAAAGACCUCCAGAUGCUACCCGAGUUUGUUCUAGACAAAAGUACCGCAGGGGAUAAUUUGCCAGAGUUAAAGAAGCUUCAAAAUUUGCGUGGAGGACUUUGUAUCUCAAGGCUUGUGCAUAGCAGCGGUUUGGAGGCCUACAUACUGAGGGACAAGAAGUUUCUUAAGGAACUGGUUUUGGAUUAUUGGAGAGGAUGGGAUGUAAGUGAAGAAGAAGCAGAGUCUUACGAUUUGGUGGAGGCAAAAUGGGAUUCAAGUGAAAAAAGCAAUACUACUGUAGAACAAAGAGAAGUGCUUGAGAAGCUCCAACCUCACCUGAACCUGGAAAGGCUUACAAUUAAAAGUUAUGGAGGCAAAAUGUUUCCAGGUUGGUCGGAAUAUUAUUCUUCCUCUGCUCUUGUUUCUCUUAAACUUGUUAAUUGUCAGAAUUGUAUCUCCUUGCCACCAUUGGGACAGCUACCUUCCCUCAGAGAACUUUUUAUUUCUGGGUUGAGUGGGUGGCAAGAAUGGUCUGAUGUUGGAGGUGGCAAUAAUGAAUGCGGGGUUUUUCCUAAUCUUGUUCAACUUGAAGUAUAUGAGUGUCCCAAUCUUACCGGGAGAUUAGCGUCAGACAAUCUCCCAUCUCUUGUGUCUUUGACGGUAUGGAGUUGCCCAGAAUUCGAAUGUUUUCCGGAAGAUGGAUUCCCGUCAAAGUUAAAAUCACUUGACAUCAUCGGCUGUACAAAAGUGAAUGCAAAGAGAGUGCAGAAUCUGAACAAGGGUCUCCGAACACUCACCUCUCUUGAAGAAUUGUCACUUGAUUUUGACUGCGACGAAAAAGUAGAUUGGUUUGCGGAGGAGCAGGAGGGGCUGUUUCCCAGCACUCUCACACAUCUCAAGAUCUGCCGUCUGAAUUGUGAGACCAUCGACGGCGCCAAGUGGUUUUGCCAUCUCAACUCUCUUCGAGAAUUGUUCAUUAGGAAUUGCCCUGCUCUGCGGUGCUUGCCAGAUAGUGGGCUACCCUCUUCUCUUUCUCGUCUAAAAAUCAUUGAAUGUCCUUUGCUUGAGAAACGGUGCCAAAGAGAGACGGGUGAAGACUGGCCCAAGAUUGCUCACAUCAAGUGCAUAACUAUCGGUUGGCCAUGUCUCGGAGGGCUUGCAUUCUGAUCAAUUUGGCCAUGUCUCAGAGGGCUUGCAUAUUCUGCGUGUAAGAUCCUAUUGUUUGAACUCAUUGUUGAUUUCACAGUUCUAGGGUCAUGCUUGAACUCAUGAUCGAUGGGUUUGACAAGGACAUGCAAUAUGAAGGAGAAACAGACCAUUUCCAUUUGCUACGCAGUUUCUUGAUAUGUUAAGACAGAGAUGGGCCAAGGUUAAGAUUGCUCGCAGGACCAAUAUUGCCAUGUCUUGAUGUCUGAUUUCUUCUCUUCUUAUCUGAACUUGCAGACUGUUCUUUAUCUACUCCACUCAUUCACACAGACACUUCUAGAGUUUCCAAGCAGAAUGAAAAUCACAGAGAGAUGAGAGCCAAUUUUGGGUCAGGAUCAAGCUAGUAGUGAUGUUUAUGUGUUUUUGUUGCCAGUGCGAUAUCAGCUCCCUGGAUUUUACAAGUUUACAACUAUAUGCAGUGCUGCCGCUAAAGCAUCUCAUAAUACUUGUAGCUGUUGGACUCUCAUAAAUUUGAGGUCAUCCGGAAUUGAAAAAUGACCUUAAAGGUUGUGGCAAUUUAUUAUCUCAGGAGCAAUAAAUUUUGUUAGCCGAAUCUUGGUUCUGUAUAUGGGCAAAAGAUACAUGAGGACCACCAGUUUUGCAUCCUCACUGAACAGAACUCGGUCUCCAUCCUUUUUCUCAUGUCACAGCAAGGAAAUUCUUUGGCAGACUAUCAACUCACUGACCCUUUAGGACAUUCUGGAGGGCCACGAGAAGUGUCUUUACUAUUGUUACUUCACCCUCACAUAGCUGGGAAAACUUUUGCAGUGAUGUCAAGAUUACUAUCAGCGGCUUCAAAUGUCAAGGAGCAGACAUAGAAAUAGUACAAAGAGGCAUUUUGCAGUCGGCAGUAUGUAUUAGCUCUAUCUACACCAGAAGAUAUGUGCAUUCAGCAGCAACUAGUUCUGUCUAUACUAGUAGACAGUACCAAACUUUUUUGUUUCUGUAUAAAUGAAUUGAGCAGUUCUUCAGAUAUAUGAUUUUGUUGAAAUUGCAAAUCAAAUCAAUGAUGCAACUGUUGGAUUGGAGGUCAUCUAGAUGGCAAUCACGUUUUUUCUUCUUUUACUUUCUACCUAUUGCAGGCUAUACAUAUAGCUAGGCAAUUUAGUUUGAAUAAGUUUCACUGCAUAUUUAUUGUUUUCUCAUUUGCAUGGUGUAGUAAGUCAAGUUGUACCAUAGACAAUGCAUUCAAUGCUUUGUCUGCUAUGUUUUGUAAGAAUCCCUAUACAAGGGAUGAGCUAGUACGUGUUGUAAUCAUCCCAAUUAACUCAUUCAAGAGUUCAUCAACAAGAUAGCAGUAGCUUGUCUUCCA